AUGGUGAAGCUCGCAUUCGGGAGCUGCGGUGACUCCUUCAGCGCCACGUCCGUCAGGGCGUAUGUGGCGGAGUUCAUCGCCACCCUCCUCUUCGUGUUCGCCGGCGUUGGGUCCGCCAUUGCCUACGGGAAACUCACCGACGAUGGCGCCCUCGACCCGGCUGGCCUUGUGGCGAUCGCGAUCGCCCACGCCUUCGCCCUCUUCGUCGGUGUCGCGAUCGCCGCCAACAUCUCCGGCGGCCACCUCAACCCCGCCGUGACCUUCGGCCUUGCCGUCGGCGGCCACAUCACCAUCCUCACCGGGAUCUUCUACUGGGUGGCCCAGCUGCUCGGCUCUACCGCCGCCUGCUUCCUCCUCAAAUUCGUCACCCACGGAAAGGCCAUCCCGACGCACGGUGUGGCGGCGGGCAUGAACGAGUUCGAGGGCGUGGUGAUGGAGAUCGUCAUCACCUUCGCGCUGGUGUACACGGUCUACGCCACGGCGGCGGACCCCAAGAAGGGGUCCCUCGGCACCAUCGCGCCCAUCGCGAUCGGCUUCAUCGUCGGCGCCAACAUCCUCGCCGCCGGCCCCUUCAGCGGCGGCUCCAUGAACCCCGCCCGCUCCUUCGGCCCGGCCGUCGCCGCCGGCAACUUCGCCGGCAACUGGGUCUACUGGGUCGGGCCGCUCAUCGGAGGCGGCCUCGCCGGGUUCGUGUACGGCGACGUGUUCAUCGCGUCCUACCAGCCAGUCGCCGACCAGGACUACGCGUAA